AGUCAGCUACUGUCAGUGGUCGUGUUUGAUUGUUUGUGCAUUAUUGUUUUCUGUCAAUUAGUUUGCUGUCAAUCAGUUUUUCUGUCGCUUUUUCGUGUCAAGCAAGUGUGAUUACAACUCGUUCCAUUUUUUUCAUUAAAAAUAACAAUCGACAUGUCAGAAGUCGAGAAACAAAAGUCUCAAAGCCAAGAAGAUGCCAGUAGUACAGAUGUAGACGGAAACAAAUCCGAAAAAAUGUUUACAUUAAAGAAAUGGAACGCCGUGGCUAUGUGGAGUUGGGACGUUGAAUGCGAUACGUGUGCGAUCUGUAGGGUGCAAGUUAUGGACGCUUGCUUGAGAUGUCAAGCUGACAGCAAAAAAGAUUUUUACGGCAAGCAGGACUGCGUGGUCGUCUGGGGCGAGUGCAAUCAUUCGUUCCAUUAUUGCUGCAUGUCGCUCUGGGUCAAGCAAAACAAUAGGUGUCCACUCUGCCAGCAGGAGUGGUCCAUUCAGAGAAUGGGCAAGUGAAUGGGCUACGACGACGACGACGAUGCAGCACUCCCAUCGUCGAUCUUGACGUACCACGACUACUGUUACCACCGCGGGCCCAAUAUCGAUUGCCUGAAUUUGUGUAAACGAUCUCCCGUAAAUUUUAAUAAGAACUGACAAAGUGUACGAAUCCGCUAUAGAUUCAAUUUUUAAGUAAAGAUCUAUGCCCUUGUGAUCUACUAUUUUCACCGAUAAAUUAAUGAAAUAAAUUUUUUAUAACGCUA